AUAAUGGAACGUAUUAAACAGAAUGUCUGCAGAAUUAAAAUUUAAAGUAAUAAAUUCAAAAAGGUAAUAAAUAUGAUUGAACUAAUCAAGAAUGCAAAGGUGUGAAUGGGUGGGAGUAGGGUGUUAAGAUUGGAUCAAAGUGUGCCUUCCAUGCGAACAAAAUUUUUUUUCAUUUUUAUGGUUAAUACAGUUGCCUACCUGGCCUGCUUUAAAGAUCUCCAAGGCCUCUAAAUCUCUAAUAUGGUCAUUAUGUUGAGUAUAACAUAUUAACCUUGUCCAGUCAAGUUUAACCUCAACAUUGCUGUCAAAGGUAUAUAUGGACAGAGCUAUGAAUGGUUUCAUGUUGUUAUCAUAUUUGUGCUCUUUUACAUGCUGCUUGAGGAAUUUUUCAUAACACUUAUGUAAACUAGAUCUCUGUCAAACCUAUAAUUCUUCAAGGUUAUCCUAUAAACCCCAGGUGUCCAUUCUUCAUUUAUGGCAUCUUUCCCAUAUUUUAGUGGCAGAUAUAUUGUAGGGUUACAUGUAUAUUUAUGUUUGCUAUUUGUUAACACAUUGCUGUCAAGUGAAAGUUCAUAAGUAAUUACUACCUGCUUGGUGUUUUUUCUGCUCUCUGUUGUUGGUAUUAUCAUCUAUAUCAUUACCAUUGUUACUCUGGGUCUUACACUUAUCAGAUAAUUGAUAGAUUAAGUGCUCGCUAAAGCUAUACCCACCCAGGGUAUUUUGUGUUAUGGAACAGUCCAGUUUCAGAGAAGUUUUCUUUUGAAGCUCUUUUUUAUCUGAGUAGAUGUGAUUAAAAAUACUACGUUUAAAAAAAUUAGAUUAAAAAAACAUUUUAUUCUAAUUUUUUUAAACAUAGUAUUUUUAAUGAUUAUUCUGUUAAUUCUUUCAUAUUAACAAAAAUACAAAGAAACAAAUCCAAAAUAUUAUGAAAAUUAUUAUUUAUUCAUUUUUUUAUGAUUUUUUGAAAAUAAUCAAAAAAUCCCAGUCUGCACAGCAUUCACAAGCACCACUAGUCCAGAAAUUGUUAAAUAAGUAUCCAUUAAAAGAAAGCCAGAUUUUCCAGACAAAGGAAGUAAAGCACUUUUUGGAAAUUGCUGAACAUAAUUCUAUGGAUAUUUCAUGUAAUCACUGAAUGUUUGAUAACAAAUUGCAAUCAUUUCAAUAGAAUAAAAACAGAAAAACAUAACUCUGAUUACAAAUGUUCUUAAGAAGCAUCAGUUAAUCUAUAUAAGUCAAGCACUAUGUUCAAAUACUACCUAGAAUUAUUUAAAUAUUCAAUUCAACUUGACCAUUUGAUUCAAGCAAUAAUUAAAUUUUCUUUACUUUAUAAAUUAAAGAAAGUGUAUAUAGAAUUAAUUAUUUAUUUCAAUUGAAAAUGAUAAAUUUUUAUUUGAUAUUUAGAUUGGAGUGAGAUAGAAGAUAAAAAUGUACAGUCUAAAACUCCUGAAGGUGCUACAUCACAAGAAACAGAAGUAUCUGUUGUGCCAGAAGUACAAGGAAGACCAUCAGAACUACAAGGAAUAUGUUCUGCUAUAGAGCCAGUACAAAUUUAGAGUCACGGCUUUGACUUAAUCUCACGAAUCCAGGUACAGUGCACAGAACAAGAGAAAUUGAUAUAGCUGCUGGAAUAGAAGAACUCGAUGAGGUUCAAAUGAAACAGUUAACGCCUGAAGAAAUUCUUAGUUUUGCUGAAAAAAGAGAUUUUUUUCAAAGACUUUCUCAAACUUCAAUUAUCCUUCCCCCCGAUUUUUCAUCAUCAACAAAGCUUACAAUGACCAAAGGUGUUAAAUUAAUUGAUGAAAGUGAUGCAAGACAAGGAGAAGUUGUUGAAGAGCAAGUAAGUUUUGCAGAAAGAUUAAAAUUUUUUCAAACUGGAGCAGAAGAUGAAAAUGGUUCUAAACCAUCAUCAAUAACCGGUGAUUCGAGUGCUUUGUCAGACGAAGGAACAGAAGCAGAACGUUCAAUAACAGAAAAAGAAUUUACUGAAGAUAAGAUAAGUGGAUUGAAAGAAAAAUCAAGCAGUUCUUCAGAGUUUACAUCAGAAAAUCAAGUCCUGAAAGCAGAAAUUCAACUUUUCUUAAGAACUGGUAGUGGGGGAGAAGCAAUUGAAAUUUCAAAAAUUAAAGAUUAUAGUGGUUUAAGAAAGGAAGCUUCACAAGAAAGUUAUGUUUCUGAAGAAGAUAAACAAGAGGUACUAGAAACUAAUUUAGCCACUUAUGCUGAUGAAGAAAAACAGAUCAGUGAAGAAUGGGAAAUCAUUAAUGAUGAUGAAAUUAGAGAAGCUAGAGAAACUUUACAUCUCCACAUAGAUAAAGAUAAAGGAAUAGAAGAAACUUGGGAAGUAUUUAGCAAACAAAAACAAGAAUUAAAAAGUGUAGAAAUUAGUCCUCAGAUUACUAGUGAAACAAAAGAUAAAGAAAUUGAAAAAACUAUUACAGAAUUAACAACAGUAGUUGAAACAACUGAAUUUAUCAAAGAAAAAUUUAAAGAUGAUUUGAUUAAAUCUGAAACCAAAGAUGAAAUGAAGGUUAAAGACACUAUGAAAACUAAAGAUGAUACUACUUUGAUUAUGCAAAAAGAAACAACUGAUUCUGUCAAAGAAAAAGUUAAGGAAGAUUUGAUAAAAUCUGAAACCAAGGAGGAUGAAAUUAAACUUGAAGAGAUUAUAAAAACUGAAGGUGAUACUAUUUUGAUUAUGCAAGAAGAAAGAACUGAAUCUUUUGAAGAAAAAGUUAAGGAAGAUUUGAUUCAAUCUGAAAACAAAGAGGACGAAAUGAAACACAAAGAGGGUAUAAAAGUUGAAAGCGAUACUAAUUUAAUCAUGCAAAAAGAAAUGUUUUAUCCACAAGAAGAAAUUGAUAUUUCAUAUACUCUUGAAAGUGAACCAUUAGUUAAAACUGAGAAAAAAGAGAAAGAAAUAAAAGUAUCAUCAUCUGAAGAAAUUGAAGAUAUUUAUGAAGAAACUGGAACGAAGGAAACAGUUACAAAAACAAUUGUGAGAAAUAUUGAAAAAACAAUUAUUCGAACAGUAACAAAUAUCAAAUCAGAAUCAAAUCUAGAAACUGUUGAAGUAGCAGAAACUGAAUUAUGCAUUGAUGAUGAUACUUCAAAAGAUUUAAAUACUUUAGAUGAGAUAAAAUUUAGAGAGCCUCUUUCAAAAGAAAUAAUAGUGCCAGAAAAAGAAAUUACUACAGAAAUUUCUCCACAAGAAAACCUUGAUGUUUCAACAAAAAGAACAAUUAUCAUUGAAAAAAAGUUAGAUUCAAAAAGUGAUGUAAUUUCUUUAGUGGAAAAUGAAGAAAAAAUAUUAGAUAUUUCAGAAAUAGAAAAAGAACUUAAACGUGAUUCACCUGAAAAACAAAUAAUUACUCAAAUUGGAGAUGAAUUAAUGUAUGAUGACAGUGAUAAAAAGCAUAUUGAUUUCAGCCAGGAUGAACAAUAUGAAUAUGAAGGUAAAUUAAUUCCUGAAGUGCAUCCAGAAAUUCCUUCUGAUUUAACAAAAGAAGAUAUUGAAAUAGAAACUGAUAGUGAGUUUAAAAUGAUUCAACCUUUAAAAUCAGAAGACAUUUCUCCUGAGACUAAGGAUACAGAAUUAGAAAUUGAAGAAGAAAUUUUGAAAUCUACUAGUGAAGUCAUGGACUCUACUGUAACUUCUCUUCUAUUGUCUCAUGAUGAAAGUGAAGACACAGAAGAUGAUCAAAAAAAAUCAGAACAUAUGGUUUUUGAGAGUGACACUGCAACAAAAGAUACUACAGAAUCUGAAUCGGAAUCAAAAGAUUCACUCUCUAACAUAAGUGUCAUGGAGAAAGCAGAUACAAUCCAUUUGCAAGCUUCAGAACUAGAAGAAGCAGUCAGUCAUAAAGAAUCCGAUAUUUCUCAAUUAGAAAUGACAGAACUAACAGAUUCAAAACAUCUAAUAGAUAAAGAAUAUGAAAUGAUGGAAAGUUUGGCAAGUGCAGAAGCUUUUCCUGUCACUAUAACAUCCACAGUGGUUACAGAAGGAAAUGAAAUUGCAACAACAGACCAAUCAACAGUUAUUGUUAGAAAAAUUUCUACUAUUGUGAGUAAAACUGAAAAUGUUAUUUUGGAAAAAGAAUAUAAGAAAGUAAAAUCUGAUAAGACCUAUGAAGAACGUCUGUUUGACAUGGAUACAGACUAUAUAUAUUCAGAAGAAGAACACGUUGGAAUAAAGUUAUUUCCUGACAAAUUAGAAGAACAAAAUGAAUCAGGUAAGUUAAAUAGCAAAAUUUGUGUUGAGUCUAUAGAAUAUAUCCCUAAAGAAAAAAAUUAUGAAAUAACCUCACUUACUAUUCUUGAGAAAAAAUGCAAUUCAACAAUAAAAGAAAAUCACUUAUUUUCAGUUAAAGAGAAAAUAAUUGAAGAUGAAUUAAAUUUAGAAAAAGAAAAACAAAUUAUUAAUAAAGAUUUUAAAAAAUCUAUUCAAGAAGAUCCAAAUUGCCUUGAUUUAACUACUGAAACAACACAAUUUGAUGAACAAUAUUAUUCACCAUCUGAAGUAAGUUCUGCAAAAGAAAUUAACGUAACUACUGAAAUUUCCACUGAUAUAGGAAUUAAAUCGGAAAUACUUAAGCAAACUGCUGAUUUAUUAGAAAAAUCAGUUGUUUAUGAAAAUGAAAUAAAUGCACCAACAGAAUUUAAAAAUGCCGAUAUUUCUGAAACAGUCGUAUUAGAUGAAUCUGAAGAAAUCAAUAAAAAAAUUGGCAUUCAAGAAAUUGAUUCUAUAUUAAUAAAAGACAAAACAGAGUAUCUUGAAUUUGAAAAUAACUUAGAGAAGUUUGAAAUAGAAAACCAAAUUGCAGAUGAUACCAAACUUGAAUGCUUUGAAGAAAAAAAUCAAUCUUUAGAUGUAGUAUCAGAAAAAGAGCAAAUAAAAGAAUAUAAAAUUGAUGAUGUAUCUGUAUUUCAGAAAGAAACUUUUCAGUCAACAUCAAUUUCCUCAGAGUAUAAAAUUCAGCAUCCAAAUUCAAGUGAUUACUUUUCAGAAGGGCAAACUAAUGGAUUCAGUCAUUCAGAUGAUUAUCAAUCUUAUAGUCCAGAUGAUAUUCCUAAAGCUGAUGUUUUAACACAAGCAGAAGUGUCUUUUCCAUCUGCAUUAGAUACAAAAGAAUCUGCAUAUGAAAAUGUUAACAAAUGGAUGGAAAAAGAAAUGGAAAUUGUUAAAGAAAUGUUGAAGGAUAGACCAGAUAAUAUGCCUUCUUUGGAGAAUUAUGAAAGCAUAAUAGCUUUUGAUGGUGAUCUUCCGACUGGAGAUGACGAACUAUUUAAAAGAAGUUCUCCAACCAUGGAGUCAUUUGACGACGAGGCGCAAGUUGAAAAAUGUGACACCGAUCUUAUUUUACAGAUGUUAAACAAUGUUUCCUGCAGUGAAAUAGAACUAGCUGAAGUGCGAACCGAAGAUGAAGCACCUGAUAUCGAAGAAGAUAUUUCUCCAGCUGCAGAAGAAUUGUGUAAUUCUACAUUACAAGAAUUUAUAAAAGAGCAAACAGUCAAUGAAAAUUUUGAUCAAGGUGCAAAUAAAGAGAUACCAGAAAAGACUACAUCAGCACAAUUUACUAGUGAUAUUUAUGAAGAGUCAGAACUGGAUAAAACAAAAACAAAACCAACUCUUGAUCUAUAUCCUCAGUCAUCAUUAGAAGUAGAAAUAGGUAGUCACAUAAGUGAUGAUAUUUCACUUGACAUAGAUAAAAAUCAUAUUUCAUGUUCAGAAAAUAAAAUAGAAGUCCAACAAGAAAAAAUACCUAAUACCGAACUUUUAAAAUGUGAUACUACAUCCAACGUUAAAACAGUUUUAUUCCCUACUGCAUUACUGAAAGCCGAUGCAAUUCAUGAUUCUACCUCUGAUACUUUAACUUCUUCCACAGUGCUGAGUGCUAAAUUAGCUGAUGAAGCAUCUGAUAAUAUUUAUCCUCAACUAAAUCUUUCAGGUAAAGAAGAAAUUAAGAAAGAAAGUGAAGAUCAGUUUGAAGUGCCAAUGAAAAAAACUGAAGAGAAAAAAAUCAGUAUAAUUACUACUGAUAAAACUACUGAACUACUUGAGGAACAAACAAUAGAUACAUAUGCUUCUCCUUUAGUUAAAGAGUUCCAGGAAGAAAAAUCUGAAAAAUUUCAAAAAGACAAAAUAAGUGAUAUUUCAAUCUCCCAGUCAUCUAAAGUAGAACAAUAUUUAGAAUCUAGAACUUCUGAAGAAUAUAAUAUUGACUUAGAUACUGAAAUAUUAAGUAAAGAAGAAAAGAAAGAUUCUUCUGAAGUAGUAAAAUCUUUCUCUGAAAUAGAAGAUGAAUUUAUUGAAUCCCUGCAAGUAACAGAAGAAAUUGAAAUCCCAGAACAUAUUCCAGAUCUUACAGUGAAAGAAACUACAGUUGAAAUGCCAGAAGAAAAAAUAACUGAAAAACAAUCAAUUACGGAAAUUUUGGAUAGUUCUGAUUAUAAAAUUAAAUCAGAAAUUGUAACAAUAACAGAACAAUGCUCUACAAAAGAUAUAAUUCAUGAUGCAAAAUUUGAUGAUGAUUCAAAAAAACUAAAAGAAGAAAAGGCAAAGAUUAUGGAAUUCAUUGAACCAUUGUCUGAGAUUAAGAAGACAGAAGAAAUUCAAUAUUCAAAAUCUUUGCCAUCAGAAAUUAUAGACAAAACUGAACUUCUUUCUGAUGAUGGAAAGAAGAAAUCAGUUGAAGAAUUAAUUCAAUCUAAAUCUGAAAUGAAAGAAACACUUAUUGAAGAAACUGGAGCUACUGAAAGCACUCUUUUAUCAUACGAUGUUAAAACUGAAAUAUCUAAAUUACAGGAAGAAGAAUCUGUUAUAGAAUCAAUACCUGAUAUUACAAUACCUGAGUCUGCACCAGAUAUUACAAAGCAGGAAAAUUUAGAGGAUAUAAAGAAAGAUGAUGAACAAAAAGAAGAGACUGCUUUAAUUGACGACAUAAUGCCAGAAUCUACUCAACAUGAAUUUAUUGAUGUGUCAGAUUUGGAGGAUAUUGAACCAGAAUUAGAGAGUAAAGCUCAACCUAUUGUUACGACACCUGUGAUUGAAAGAAAACUCAAAACAGAUAGGACACAAAGAAAAACGCACAUAAGUGUUGCUGAUGUAACAGAAAAAUAUGCUGAUACAGAAGUAAAACAAACUGAACCAAUUAUAUUUGAACCUAGCGAUGAUGAUAAAGAAUCUGUUGGUAUUGAAUGCCAUCAUUCAACACCUGAUUUUAGACAAAUGACUGAUAUAGAUUUGGAAGCUAUAUUAGAAGAGCAUGCUAAAGAAGAGCAGCAUAGGGCAGCAAGUGAAUCUAUUGACACUGAAGAGCACGAUUCGACUCUUCUUGAUAAGAAAGAACCAGAAGAUCUUUCUGCUAAAAGUCCUAUUGAUAUCCAUUCACCAAUUUCACAAUCCAUGCCACCUAUUUCGCCUCCUAUUUCUCCUCCUAAGUUAGAUGAAUCAGAAUAUCAUUCAAUACUCUCAACAGAUAUAGAUUCAUGUACUGAUAUAAAAACAAGUCAUUCAAAAUCAGAGAGCCCAUUAAUUCUUGAUGAUGUAGAUGAAAAGAUAGAGGAACAGAAAUUAAUAAGUGAAAAUGAAUAUUCUGAUCAAGAAGUAUUUUAUGCAGAACCAUCUUCAGAUAUAACUGAUACUGUUCAAAAAACAACAGAUGUAACGACACAAAGUAGUAUAAUUUGUGAAUCAGAAUCAGAAGCCCAAAUAAAAUACAGAACACAAAUGGCUUUUGAUAAUACUGCUUUUAUGGGAAUUGAUAAUAUUGAUGUUGGUGAAGCUGUAAAUCGUGAAAUGGUUAGAAGUCCUUAUGAAGUUGUGAGAAUGAAAUUAGAAGAUUUUGAAAUUGGUAUGACAACUGAACAGUCAUCAGUAGUUCCAGAAGAACAAGUUUUAAGUGAAGAAAGCAUUUCAAAAUUAGAAAUAAAAGAAGAUAAAUAUGAAAGUGAAUCAGUUGACAAGAGUUUAGAAAUUCCUUCAAGAGAGGAAGCAACCAAAAUUGCACAAGAAAUUAUUGAAGAAAUCAGAACAGAAGUUGCUAAAAGCCCAUUAUUUCAAAAUGCAUCAAUCAAAAUUCCAGAUGAAGAUGAUAUUAAAACAGAUUCACAGAUAUUUGCAUCUGAUGACAAAGAAAUUAUGCCUGAUAUGAUACAGAGUGAUGAUGACGGAAAAUUAAUUCCUGAUGAAGAAAUAUUUCCUGCAGAAAUUGAAACUUCAACAACAAAAACAGAUGAAAUAAAACCUGAUGACAAAAUAAAAGAACUGAGUUAUGAAAAGGCAGAUGAAACUUCUCCUACUUCCAAAACUUUUCAAUUAACAAAAGAAUCAAUGGAGAUAAAAGAAUCACACAUUUUUAUUACUAAUGGUAAAAUAGAAGCUAUUUCCUCAGAUGUCAAUUUGAUAACUGAUGAAUAUGACAAUAAACAAUUUCCAGUUAGUGAAGAAAUAGAAUAUACAGAGGAUUUUCAUUCUCAAAUGUCAUAUAUUGGUAAACAGGACACAAGUACAAAAAGUGAUAAAGAAACAGAAUCAUUUAUAUCACAUGCUAACCUUAAUGGACCAGUUGCAGUAAGUUACAUUCCUGAAUAUGAUGAUGAAACAUUUACUAUUGAAAAAAUAAAGGAAACUGAUGUAAUUGAUAUAACAAAAGAUACAUUUUAUGAUAUUUCUCAAAAAUCUGCAAGGCAAGAUAUACCUGAGAGCACAUUAAUGCAUUCAGAAAACAUAGAAAAUGCUUUUGAAGAAUCAGUUUCUGCUUCUGACAUCAAAGAAACAGAAAUAUUUAAUGAAGAAGAGUAUAUACGCACACGCAUAUCUAUAUCUGAUGAUCAAGUUGAUCAAGAAAUUAAGAAAAUUCUUAGUGAUGAAUCACAAACAGAAGAUGAUCGUUUGACUGAUAUUAUUGAAAGACCAAUAACUCCUGAGCCAUCAGAUGAAAUUUUAGAUGAAAUGCUUUUACCUGAAAGUGAGCAAUUAUCUAAAUUAGCUACUAUUACUCAAAAAAAUAUUUCAAUUUCUGAAGAAGACAUCUGUGUAAAACAUACUGAAUCAGAAACGAUUUAUCUACAUCAAAAUGUAUUUAGUGAAUCUGAAACAGAUGAACCAACUGAUAUCACUGUUAAUAAAUUUUAUGAAACUGCCCUCACUGCAGAUAUGGAAUCUAGAGAAGAAGGUUUUCCCACUGAAAGUGUAUUUCAACAAGAAUCUGCUGAAAUCAUGGAGGAAGCAAUGGAUAUUGGGAGUGAUAAAUGUAGUGAUGAUAUUGAAGAAACUGAUAAUAAGACUCAUUUUGAAUAUGGAGUUCAUUUUGCAGCUGAACCUCAUUAUGAUGAGAUUCCAAAAUAUGUAGAAUCUGGUUAUGGAGAUCUGUAUACACAUCAAGAAGAAGAUGAAGAAAUAUUUGAUGAAGACUUACAAGAAUCAAAGAACUUAAUUGAAAAUAAUAAACAGGUGUUCUCAGAUUUGGAUGUUUUGCUUGGACCUAAACUUUAUACAAAAAGUGGAGAACAUGAUGAUUCUUCUAUGUCUUCUUUACAAGAAUUCGAAAGAUUAGAAGCAGAAAUAGCAACAGGAAGAAAGUUAAGCCAAGGAUCUGUAGAUUCAUUAAAUGGACGUCCAUCGAUAAGUAAAAGUGGAGAACAUGAUGACGUUUCAAUGAAUUCACUCACUGAAUUUGAAAGAUUAGAGAGAGAAUGUGCUGAAGCAGAACGUAUAGAAAGUGUUGCACGUGAAGAAGCAGCUAGACUUUCAGAAAUAGAAGAAGGACAUGAAAGUCAAGCAUCAGAAACAAGCCAAGAAACAUUAUCUGGACCAGAAGAUAUGGAUUCAAUAGAUUCAGAUGAUUAUGAAAAAAGAUUAAGUGAAAUUGAUGAAAUAAUUAGACAAGCUCAGACAAAUGUUGAAAGCUUUCAAGUUGAACCAAUGCCCAAACAGAGUUUAAAAAGUAUUAGAAAAACUGAAAUAAAGUCUUUAAGUGAAAGUUUAGAAAAGGAUAUUAGGCCUAUAGAUCAAAUUCCAUCCCCAACACCAAAAGAACAAGAUUCCGAUUCUCUUGAUGGAAAUUUAAAUAAUAUUGUGCUAAUGCAAAAGGAAACAAAGGAAUUAGACAUAUGUGUUAAAGAAUUAACACCUGCAAAAUCAUCUUUAACAGUAGAAAGUCAUGAUGCUAAUGAAGAUUCAUUAAAUGAAGAUCAGGAUAAUUCACUAGAACAUGAUUCUCUCCAUGAAGUUAAAGAUCAUGAACAAGAUUCCUUGAAAGAAGAUAAAACUGGAGACGUAGAUUCACUCCAAGAGGAUCAAAAAAUAUUAAUGCAAGAUUCUUUAUAUGAGGAAAAAGACCUAGAUGAAGAUUCCCUGCGUGAAAGUUUAGAACUUCCUAAAGAUGAAUUAGAUGUAUCUCAACUGUCUGAUAAAGGUAUUGAUACUGUAGAAUUUGAUGAUUCAUUGCAUGAAGAAUGUAUAGCAAGUACAAAAUAUUUAGAACAUGAGCCUAAAUUCAUUCCAAGUUUAAUAUCAAGUACAGAUUCUUUAGAGCCAAGUAGUUCAACAGCUGCAACUCAUGCUACUUAUCAAUUUGAGACUGAUUCUAUUAUGUCAUCAAGCUUAAAUAGUAUACAAACAUCUGGAGAAGAAACUCUUAUGGCUUCAAGCACAGAUUCAUUAGAUCCAAAUAGGAUGAUGCAAGCAUAUAGAAAUGUUGUCGAUUCUCAACUUCGUAGAGAUACUCAAGAUAUGUACUUAGAUUAUGAAGGUAAUGUACAAUCUGCCCCAGAUCAAACUAAAUCCUAUAUGGAUAAAGAAGGAAAUAUACAUCCAGUGUCUGAAAUAGUAAAGAAAUUAGAUGUUACAAAUCAAACUUGUGUCUUAAAUGUGAGUGAAGAAGAUCAGAACAUUAUUGAUUCAAUUGAAGAAUCUAAAACUAUUAAAAGCUUGAAAGAUGAUACUACCUCUUCAAAAGAAUAUGUUUCUUUAGAUACAACUCAUAUUCAGUCAAAAAUUGUAACUAAAGAUUUAUCUUUAACCUUGACUAAAGAUGAUGUUCAAGAUGAAGAAGUUGAUGAAGAAGGAAACAUUAUUGAAAAAGGUAAAUUUCCUGAUGUAAUGCAUGACUCUGAUGAAGAUGAUAAGGAUCAAACUAGCAUUAGUGAGGAUUCUCUACAAAAACAAGUGGAAGAUAGAUUCAGUGAUACUAAAGUAAUAUCAUCUAGGAAAGGAGGUGAACAGGUGGAAGAAAUUAAAACUGUGGAUGAACUUGGAAAUAUUCGUAUUAUUCGGCGAAUCAGGCACAUUGUCACAGUUCAGAGAGAUGAAUUAUCAAAUCCAGAUAUUGAAAAAAGUGAACAAGCAGAACCAGAAGUGGAAGAAACAAGAACAACUGAUGAUAAAGGAAAUGUAAAAAUAAUUCGCAGAUCAAGGCGUAUAAUAAAAAUGCCUGAUUCUCAGAGUUCUGAUAUUGAUAAACACCUUCAAGAAUUUGUUCAAAAAUCAUCUGUUAGUGAUGAUAGUCAAAUAACUUCUCCUGAUGUGAGUCAAACUGACUCCCUUCAGGAGAAGUACUUUCAGGAUCCUAGAUGUGAGUCUCCUAUUACACGUGAUAUGUUAUCUGGCAGGGAAUCAGUUGCAUCUAUUAGAUCAGAUUUCAGUGAUGCAGAUUCUGAAAUAAGAGAAAUCAAAACUACAGAUGAGAAAGGUAAUAUCAUUAUUCGUAGAAUAAGAAGAAUUGUCACACCUCUUCCACCCGAUAGUAAUCCAUCUAGUGGAAGAGAAAGUCCUUAUUUAAAAGAACCAAGUGAAACUGUUGAAGAGAGACGAACUGUUGAUGAAAAAGGUAAUGUAAUCAUCAAACGUAUUAGAAGAAUUGUGAAAGUUCAAACAAAAGAUGCUUCAGAAACAUCCCCAAUUCCUUCGGUUGAUAAUGAAGAACUGGCAAAGUCUGAUACAGCUUGCGAGGAAUCAGAACCUGAAGAAUGUAAAUUUGUGGAUGAAGAUGGUAACAUAAAACAUAUUAGAAGAAUCAGGAAAAUUGUCAAAAUUCCUCAAACAUCUAAAGAUGAUGAAACAUUAAUUAAUGAUUUAUUACAAAAGUCAGAAAUAAGUGAUUCUAUUAGUGAAUCAUCAGAAACAUUUUAUAAAUCAGACUCAAAAUUAAUCAAUCAUGUAGAUCACUGUGGUGAAGAAACUGAAAAACAUUUAGUCCAGGUCAAAAAAUCUAGUUCUGAUGAUACACAAGAACCGAAUAUUGAAGAAAAAUUUAAAGACUUUUUAAAAAAAUCUAUAGCACAAGAUUCAAAAGAUGAAAAACACGAAGAAAGAAUUAUUGAUGAUAAAGGAAAUGUAGUUAUUAUUAGGACAGUUAAAACUAGUAAAGUAUCUGAACCUAAAAUUCACAGUCAAAAGUUCACAGGUCCAGAUGCUGAAAAACAAUCAUUAGAAUUUAUUAAAUCUUUUGACACUCUACAAUCAACUACACAGCUACAGCAGUACGAAGCAACAGAUGGUGAAGGUAAUAUUGUACGUGUCACUCAAGAAAUAUCUGCUCAACCACAUGUUCAUUCAGUUAGUUUCUCUGGAGAAAGUUAUGAGCAAGAUAUGGAAUCAUAUAUGAAAAAUUAUGAAGAAAAAAUGCAUUCUAGUGAACCAGGCUCAAGUCCAUCUAUCAGCAAAUUAUCACCUACCUCAGUUUCUAAUAUUAAUGUUCCACAUUCCACAAUGAAAACGACUACUCAUUCUGUUGAUGAAUCUCCUAUUUACACCUUGUCUGGAACUGUUUUGUCUUCUGACACACUUCCAAUUCACCAUGAAGAAACCGAACUUAUGUCAGAAGAAAUAGACAAUAAAGAAUUGGUGCAAAUUUAUGACUCAGAUGAUGCUAUUGAUUCGGAAGAAGAUGAAAUAAUAGAUUAUCUUAAGCAUGGCACUUCAUCAUUUAAAGAAGUUGAACCACCAAGUGACAGCAAAAAUGGAUACUCCGAAGAAAGUGCAAAACAGCUAUAAAAUAUAGGAGCUGCUGAUAACAAUCUAUCAUGCUGUAAUGGUCAUUAUAUAAAACUGUUUUUUUAAAAAGAGCAAAAAAAUUUGGAAAUUCUACAGUUCAAAUAAUGUAGAGCUUUGUUUAACUCAAAACAGCCAAUAACUUUUUGUUUGGAUAUACAUGUAUAUUUUUGUCACUAAACACAGUUGUUAUAUAUGUUAAGUCACUGUGCAAUAUGUAUGUUUAAGUUUCUUGUAUUGAAAGCCUGUGGUUGUGACUUUAUUGACUAUGUAAUAUGUUUAUGUAUAAAUGUUUUAAUAGACAACUGUGCCAUUUAACAUCCUGCUUUCUUUAAUUAAUGCAGGAAAUAAUAACAAUUAAUAUUUAUGUUUUUUGUACAUAAUGUUUUAAAAUUCAAAAAGUUGAAAUUCAUAUAAAAUUUAGUAAUCUUUUUAAGUUAUAAUUUCUGAAUUUUCUCUUGUGAUCAAAGCAUCUCAUCAUAGUGAUAUGAAAAUGCCUUCCAUUUGUUUAAAUUAAACAUGUGGGAUGUUUGUGAAUCCAAGAGUUUUUACAAUAUAUAUACACACACAUAUAUAUAUUAUGCAAAUAUAAUUUAUACUGUGGCAUUUAAUGUGUGUCGUCAUUGAGCUGAGUGAACAAUUUAAUAUUGUAAAAUAAGUCAAUGAACUUAUUUAUCAUUUCUUGGGAAUACCAUUCUAUUAAUUAAACAGUGUUUACAAAAGUUCCUUUGAGCAAAUACAAAGUAUAUUUGCAUUGUAUUUAUGUGUUGCUCACUGCUAGACAUCAUUCCCAAAUAUUUCAUUAGUGCCUAAAUAUGCAAUUCACUUUUCAGAACAUCAGAUUGUUCCUUUAAUGCUUGAUAUUAAAGAAUUAUGGAAAGUUACAAUGCAUAUAAAAAAUAUAUAUGAUUAAAACAAUUAUUAAAUCCUGCAAUUACUAUAGGCUAAAACAUUGAGUCAAACCGUCUUUUAGAAAUAUAUGUGUAACUUGCAAUAAUAACUUAAUCAUUAUAUAGCCAAAGCAUUUUGUACUAAACAUAAAAGGAAAAUGAUGUGAAUUUAAAUCAUCAUGAGAUUCUGAAUUUUGAGAGUUUUUUAACAAAAGAUAAGUGAUGAAAACGGUAAUUUUUAUGCAACUCAUUAUUUGCCAUUUCUGAGAUUUUUGAAUUGAAUUUAAAAUUGUAUCAGACGCAAUCUCCAGUUGUGCUUUUUCAACAAUCAUGCUUCGUAAUUAGCUAACUUUCUAUUGCCUGUGAUGUGAAUUGUAUUUUAUGUACAAUCAUUUCCAAACACAGCAAGUGUUAUAAAUUAUUAACUGUCAAAUUCUUCUGUGAUCAUCAGUCAAGUUUGUGGUAAAAUUGUCUUCAAGAACAUUUCUAUAAAUACAAUAUCUUGUUUUAAGGACUGAUAUUACAUGAAACCAUAAUAUGUGAACAUCACAAGCAUGUUAGGAAUUGCAAUCAAUAAAAACAAAACAAAUUUACUUUUUUCUUAGUAGGUUUUGAUAAAUUAAUAUCAUAUUGCCUGUUUGUAUCAAUAUUUUUAUUUCAGUUCAAAUUUCAUUUAUUAAAACAAUAUGCAAAUUUUAAAAAAUUUCUAAAAAUAAAAGAGUUAAAAUUAUUAAAGUGAAUAAUCAUAUCAUAAAUAUAUAUACGCACACAAAUCAAACAAAUUGAGAUUUGAUUGCUUAGAAUUUUAAGUAUAUCUGAUUUCUAAAAACUUCUUUACACUUUUUUGGUCCAAUAUUUUUGUACUAUUUUAUGUAAAAUCUAGUAGUCUAAC